CGAGAUUUCCCAAACGCCAAGAAGAUCGAUCGAUGGACGCGGUCGGCUACAAGCAGCUCUACGACGAGCCUCUGCUUGACCGCAGCAUCAACGAGCCGGCGCCAAGCCUCGGCGGCUUGAGCCUCGCCUCGGUCAUCACGCAGCUCAACUCGUUCCUUGCCGUGCUCUGGCCUGUCUUGAUCACCAUGGUGCUCACAAGUCUUGUGGCUGUCUCGGUGCAAGACAGCGAGACCCAGGCCGCGAUGAACCAAUACCUCUACUACAAGGACAUUGACGCAUCAAGUGCGACGGCGGGCACCAAGACGAUCGAAGCGCUCACGAACGCGCUUGUCGUCAUCUUCUUCAUUGCGAUCGUGACCUUUGUGGUCGUCCUGCUCUACAAAGUCAACUGCAUGAUCGGACUCACGGGCUAUCUGAUGCUGUCGUCCUCGACGCUACUGGGGCUCGUUGGAAGCGCGCUCGUGCAGAAGAUCUUUUGCGGGCUCUUCCACUGGCGCCUCGAAGUCUACACAACGAGCCUCAUCAUGUACAACUUUGCCAUCGUCGGGACGGUCAGCAUUUUCUACCAGAAGGGCGUCUCGCCCAAUAUUGGCCGAAUGUACCUCAUUCUCACCAGCGUCAUCAUGGCGUGGCAGCUCUGCCAGCUGCCCGAGUGGAGUACGUGGGCGAUUCUCUUCGCCUUGGCCUUCUGGGACCUCUUUGCUGUCUUGACGCCGUGCGGCCCGCUGCGGUGCUUGGUCAACUUGAUCCAGUCGGAAGGCCGGCCGAUGCCAGGGCUUCUCUACGAAGCCGAAAUCCACGACGGCCACGUGCGCAAGCACAAGUCGGGCAGCACGCGUGCGCUGCCCAUGGCGCCAGCGGCCUCGAGUGACAUGGAGAUGGUGCAGCGUCGAAGCGACGACGCAUUUCUGACAUUUGAGUCGCAAUUGCGCGACUUUUGCGUCGACGUGGGGUCGCCCAACGGCCACCACGUCCGCGCAGUCGCGCUGCAGUACGUCGAUCGGCAAAAGGACUGCUGGCGCAUGCUCUACACGAAGUACAACAUCACAUUUGUGGCGGCGCACAAGUCGUAUCCGGACGUCGCUCUCGUCUUUGCCGAUGCCGGGGGCCAACACGCUCGGGAAACCAUCAAGCUCGGCCUUGGCGACUUUAUCUUUUACAGUGUGCUCGUUGCGCGCGCGGCCAUGACGGGCUUUGCUGCUUUUGUCGCGUGCUUCGUUUGUGUCAUUAUCGGGCUCGCGGCCACCAUGUACUUGCUCGCCCACUUCAAUGCGCUUCCGGCGCUGCCGAUUUCAGUGCUGCUUGGCAUCUUGUGCUUUUUCCUCAUGGUUCAAAUGGGCAGUCCGUUCGUCGACGCGCUCGUCUUUCGGGGCAUUUGUUGAUAGAAUUUCGCUAUAUUGCAUGACAAAAUAUCCAUUUUAGUGCCAA